AUGCCCCACCGGAUAUUACAAAAACCAGCGACCGACCAAGAGAUUGAGGCUUGUAAUGCCCUGAAGCAGUUGCUUCCUCAAAUCUCCCACUACUCAUCAGCUACACUCCUCAGAUGGCUUCGAUCCAAGAACGGCAAAUUUGACGAAACGGCCGAAGGAUUGAAGAAGAAUGCUGUUUUCAGAAAGGCGUGGGAUUUGGACACAAUUGAACGAUGGACUGCGCCUGAGGUAGGGGUUUUUUGGGGUUUUGAGGGUUUGGAGGGGUGAAAAUGGAAGAACGGGACGUAUACUUUUAGAAGCAGGAGAGGGGAACAGGGUGGGGUAAAAAAUAUUUUUGUAGUAAGACGGGGAGGGGGGGGAGGGUAUAGUAAAAAAUAUUUUUUUUGAAGAAGGGGUCUCGUAUUAUUGAAAGUAGGAGAGGAGGAAGGGGAGGGUGCGGUAAAAAAAAUUUUCUUUUUGUGUUAUGGAAAAAGGAUUAUAUGUAUUUUUUUAAAAAAGUGGAGGGCGGGGUAAAAAACAUUUUUUGAACAGGGGGUCUCAUAUUUUUCAAUGUAGCGGCGGAUGGAUGGGUGAGGAGAUGGCAGGGUAAAUAAUAUUUUUUGACCACUAUGAUUUGGGCAGAAGUAGGGAAUGGGGGAUAGAAGAAUGUUGAAAAGUGGGGAGGAAGGGGGUGGGGGGAGGGCAAGAUAAAAAUAUUUUUUUAAAGAAGGGGAUCUGCCAGACGUAUUUUUUGAUAGGGGUUUUUGCACGGGAAGGUCAUGGGUGGAUAAAUAGAUAUUUUAAACGAUUAAGAAAAGGUAUGGUAAAACAUAUUUUAAAAGAAAGAAGGACUUAGAAAAGAGUUAAUAUUUUAAAUAAAUAAAAGGCACCUGGGAGGGGUAAUUCAACUUUUAAAUUUUUAAUUAAAAUUUUUUAAUAAUUUUUUGAUUUAGGUUUUUGAAUUUUUUAAAAAUUAAAAGUUUAAUUUUACCCAUGCCUUCGUUAUACCUUUAAAUUCCCAUGAAACCCACAUUACUGUGAUGGGCUUCGAACAGUAAACAAGACGAAGACCUUGUUAGUAAUAUCUAUUUUGCGCAAACUUCUUUUCGAUGGUCAGUUGUUGUAGAAGAACCUGUUAGACCGGUUUGAUUACCGAAAGGGCUGAUAAUUGGAAAACAGAGUUACAAAUGGCUCAGGCAGAGAAAGUAAUCACUAAGAUUAGUCAUGAUAAGGUGGAAGGGUAUAAUUAUGAAAAAGGCUUAGAAUGAGGCCAAGAAGGGGCAAAAAAAAGACCCCUAUACAAGCAAGCCAAGUUGCCAAAAACUUUAAAAAAAUUAAAAAAUGAAUUUUAAAAUAUUUCAAGCUUUAAAAAUUUUUAAAAAUUAAAAUUUUAUAUUUUCAGAUCCUCGAAAAGUACUGUGGCUAUGGCUUUUUGUCCGACCGUGAAGGAAACCCAAUUUUGAUGUCAUUGCUGGGUAAUAUGGACGUGGAAGGAAUGUUAAGAUCUGUCGAAUCCAAAGAUUACAUCAAAUUCUCAUUGGCCGCCAUCGAAAAAGGAAUCGAAUUGUGCGAGGAACGAGCUAAAAUUGUAAGUAUACCUACCCUACCCCACUAUACCUUACCCUACCCUACCCCACCCACAUUAUUUUUAAAAUUUCUAGACCAACCGCCCAUUCGAACAAAUGAUGUUAGUCUUCGACCUGGACCACAUUACCUCCGCACAUUACAGUUCCAAACAAUUCGCCAGCUCCUUUACCACUUUGGUACUGCUCUUCCAAGACCACUACCCGUUGGUACUACGCAAAAUCCUCAUCCUAAGAGCACCAGAGAUGGCGAGAGUGGCCUUCAACUCAAUGACUCCAUUCUUGUCCGAAAGCAUCCAAGAUCUGAUCGAAAUGCCAUCCGAAGACUGUUGGCAACAAGCCUUGAACCAGUACGUGGAUUUGGAUGCUUGGCCAGUACAUUGGGGAGGACGGAUGUGCGACGAGAAUGGGGAUCCAAAGUAAGUGUUUUAGAUGGUAAAAGAAGGAUAUUUGAGGUAUAGUGGCAUAUGAUACAGUAUGAUUAGGACAAGAAACAUAUCGGACGAGUUAGUUUGGGUAGUGUAGGGUACGGCAGGUUAAAACAGGCCAUCUUGUUGGAUAGAAUGUGGCUAUGGUAGGCUUUGGGGAAGGCAGGAUGCAGUAAUAUAGCUAGGGGAGCCAGAGUUGUUAUGUCAUGUUAGGGUAGGUUAGAGGAGGGUACAGUAGAGCAGUGUAGGGUAGGGUAGGUGAGGAUUAGGUAGGGUACGGUAGCGUAGGGUACGGUGGGGUAGGGUAGGGUGAGGUAGGGUAAGGUAGGGUAGGGCAGGGUAGGGUAAGGCAGGGUAGGGUAGGUGAGGAUUAGGUAGGGUACGGUAGCGUAGGGUACAGUGGGGUAGGGUAAUGUAAGUUCACCACUUUUCAUCGUUUUCUAAACCUGAUUCCCUAUUUCAGAUGUCCAUCGAAGAUUCGCUACGGUCUAGGCCCGGUGCCGGACACCUACUACGUGGACAAACACAACGCCAUGCCCCAUUACGAUCAGCUGACCACGGUGUACGCGGGCGACAAACAUCUCAUCGAACUCAAGGUCAAAGCCGGCACUCGGAUCAGGCGAGUUUCAGUGCUGAGGACCUACCCUAUUGUACCCUACCCUAUCCUAACACAACGUCCUUGAUCCCCCUACCUGUAGUACUGUAUCCUGCCCCACCUGAGGCCUUAUAUAAUAGAAUACGUACAAGCUUUAGCUAUAUAUUAACCAACUUUCAGCUGGCAAUACAUGACAGACGAAGACGACAUCGGCUUCGCCAUCUACCACGACUCCAGCAACACGGCCAACUGUCUGACUGAAAUGGAAACUGUAUACCCUUACAUCCGCUUCGAAUGCUCUCAAGUCCCCAUUUCUGGAUCUUAUCUUUGCGAACAGUCCGGAAGAUGUAAGUUUAAGUUUGGAUUUACUACCUAACUCUACCUUACUUUACUUUUCCCUACUUUGUCUUACUUCAAUGUUUAAAAAAACUAAAAUUUUUCAAAUUUUUUAAAUUUCCAGCCAUUUUGGCAUUAUUUUUAGUAUUUUUUGAAUAAAAAAUGCUAGAAAAUGCUCUUAAAAUUAAAUUUUUAAGCCUUUUAUUAAAUAUAUAUACGGUAAUUACUGUGAAAACUACAGUUAAAAUUUAAAUUUUUAAAAUUAGCGGUUUUUUGGCAUUGUGUUGCAUGUCGAUAUUUAUAGUUAUAAUUAAUUUAUGGAUCAAUAUAAGUCUAAAACUUGCUUUAAAUUACAUUUUUAACCUUUUUAUUAAAUAUAUAUAUGGUAAUUACUGUGAAAACUAUACUUAAAAUUUAAAUUUUUGAAAUUAGCGGGUUUUUGGCAUUGUGUUGCAUGUCAAUAUUUAUAGUUAAAAUUAAUCUCUAGUUAAUAAGUUAAAUACAAGUCUAAACAUCAAUGUUUAAUCGAUUUUUGUGGCUUUUAACUAAUCUAAAACAACUUGCAACAGAAUGCCAAUUUGGCGCGAAAUUUAAAAAAUUUAAAUUGUUUUAACAAAAUUUAAAGACAGGGGUGUUUGCCAGUUUAUUUUUGAGCCUUAAAGUGUCAAUACGAUAAAUCAGAGACAUUUGUUAUCUAAAAUUAAAAAAUAAAUAUGAGGUUUUUCAAUUAAUUCUGCGCCCCGUGACCUCGAAAAUUUGAAUUAUUUGAACAACCUUAUAACUAUAAUAACUCUUUUUUUCUUUUUGAUUCUUCAAAUAAUUCUGUGCCAUGUAAUCCCAAAAAGUUGCUUUGAAAGGGGCACAGAAUUAUCUGAACUGAAUUAAUAAAAUUGAAAAUUUCAAAAAAUUUCAAAUUCCAGACAUAAUCGAAUUCGACAACUACUACAGUUGGUUCGCGGCCAAAAUGCUCCGCUACAACAUUGAUAUCGACGAGCCCAAAACGAGUAAAGUUUCGGUGACAAAGCCACCCAACUCAUCCAACAACACGGUUUCCAUGUCCACUUGA